AUGCAUGAAAAUCCCAACCACGCCAAUGAGGCAUACGGCUGGCAUUUUCAGUACCUGACGGUCAUUGGAUUAUCCCUGUCCACGCUUACCUUCACGAUUGGUCUACUGGCGGACGUGACCUUAUCCUCCCAGCUGUUUUUGAUCAAGAACAUCCUGUCGAUAUGCAGUGCACCGUUAGAAGUUCUGAUCAGCAUUCUGUAUUGGGGUCUCCGCGUGAUCGAUGAACGUUUGGUGGUACCUGAUUGGGCUGUCAUUCCUUUGAACGCGGACAUUAGUUUCCAUGCCAUACCAUCCAUUGUCCUUCUGAUCGACCUGUUUCUGCUUUCCCCGCCAUGGACGAUUAGUAUCCUCCCCGCCCUCGGCUUGUCCAGCGCCAUUGCCUUUGGGUAUUGGUUCUGGAUCGAACGUUGCUUCUCGUAUAAUGGAUGGUACCCUUAUCCAAUCUUCGAGCAACUUCCUUUUGAAGGUCGUGUCGGACUGUUUGCCCUCAGUGCCGUCGUGAUGGCUCUGAGUACCGGCACCCUGAAGUGGCUUUACGGCCGCGUGAAUGGCUAUGGGACCCAUUCUAAACCACAUUCUCGCCCUGGCGCUAUCUCUCAGAAUGGCAGUCUUUAA